CUUUUCUGCUAGAUGCCACUAAAUUCUACACUCUGCACCUUUAAUGGUGAGGAACAGACCUCACACAAUUUCUAUCAUAACUCCACCGAACUUCAACCUGAGCAUAAGUCUAGAAGUGAAAAACACCUGUGUGGAAACGAACAAGGAAGUAAAUUCGAAUAAUAUCUCACUCGGCUGUCAUCUCUGAAUCUGAGCUCCUGAUGUGCAGGCAGCAGCUCCACAGCACGCAUGCGCUCUGCACUGCAUCAUGAGCCCAUAGCGUGUUAGAUAAUCACAUUGAGGGAACAAAAGCUUCCUAUUUCUAUGUCUUAGGAAUGAAUCAAAGCUACACCAUUAGUAUAAUAUAACUGCGCACGGUGGCUACUGGAGACAUGGGUCAUGAAAAAGGAGCUCAAGAAGAGGAAACGGAAAGAAUGACGCACAAUGACGUUUUCCCUCGAACGUCACUGGCAGUGCCCCACUUCAUCUCUACAAUAAAUUAAUGACAGAAAAGCUAAUUAGCUUAAUAUCUUGGCAGGUAGGCGAUUAAAGAAAACAAAGACCUAAACUCUGCAAUCAUAAUACAUGUUUUAAUGUUUAAAAAUUAGAUAAAAGCUUUAUGAUCCCUGUCCGGAAAUGUGGUCUUUGUAACAGCAGAGCAGUGAUGUUAAGAAGAAAACAACAAUAACCAUAUUGAGAAUAACAAAAAAAACCUAACUGAAAACGGAGAUAAAUUAUUAUAAUUGACGCAAUUCAAAACUUUAAUUGCGGUUUGACUAAUGAGAUAUUUUCUUACUGAGGUUAUUUAACCUUCUGGAGGCACCAAGCAGACGUUUGAUUUUCCUACCAAGAGUUUCUUAGUAUUGCACUCCCAUCAACUUGGGGGACUUGUCAACGACAGAUUUUUUUUUUUUAAGAAUGGUCAAAAUUGGUCUGAGACAUCCUAAUUUUUAAUACUUUGCGUGGGUCAAACUCUAAAAACACUGGAUCCUACACUUCCCAUAAUGCUUAAUUACCCUCACUGACAGGUGAACGCCCACAUCUUUUAAAUUCCAUUUUCCCAGUUUGUGAAGCAGCCCUCUUUAUUAAAUUUUCUCAGAAAAAAAUUAAACCACAUGGUAUGUGAUGUGGUUUGUGGGUGACGUGCAGGAGGGGGAGGAGAAUUUCCCCCUUCAUCCCCUCUGGACUCUGGUCUGGACCUCAGAGCAGAGAAGGCUCAAGCAGAAAAAAGGUGAAGAAGAUGAAGAAGCUGGUGGUGUUUUUGCUCUGCCUGGUCUUGCUGACCAUCCACACAGAUGCCAACCCUAUCAUCAAGGAGAGCUUUGCUAAGCAGCUGCUUCGCAGCAAGAGGCAGGAGCGACCAGCGAAGCCCGGCUACCCCGAUGAGCCAAUGAGGGAGCAUCUGCUCCACAUGCAGGCUCUGGAUCAGAGGGCCCAGGAGACCAACCUGGAGCACUGGCUGAACCCUCACUGCUACCCACGCUGUGACAGGAACUAUGGAUACCCUGUCUGAUGAUGAUGAUGAUGAUGGUGAUGAUGAUUACAAAGGAGAGGACCAGAGACUGACGACAUGGAUGGUUAUUAAAAGAUCUCUUUCUCUUGAAAUAUAAUGACCAUGUGAUGUCUGUGGAGUAAAUGGUCAUGCAUAUAUAAUCCUACAGCUGUGUAGUUUACCAUUAUCAAUAGUUUCCACAUGUAUUUUUCAAAUUGUGUAUCAUGUAUCAUAGAGAGUGAAGUGUGUUAAUGAUGAAUACAGUCUCAAAUAAAUUCAAA